GGCGGCCGUGCAAUUAGACAACGUUCAGUGCCGAUUCAGCCAUUAGCUCGCCUACCCGCAGCUCCAGCGCAAACGUUAAACGUUCGCUUGAAGGUUUUUCGCCAGCGAACUGCAUUAACUGUUGACCUGAACCGCCAUGUCAGAAAAGGCUCCUCUUCUACAUUACCGACUCACCACCAGCAUCGGUGCGGGCCCGAAACAUGUAUCCAAACACAGCGGGGCCAAGCCAGGCAGGGACGGCCGACGAUCCAAGGACGAAACCGCCCGGAAACUCGGGGUGCUGUUUGGCGUGGUCAUGCCGACCUUACUGUCCAUGUUUAGCGUCGUUGUGUUUUUGCGAAUUGGGUUUGUUGUGGGUCAGGCAGGACUCUACCAAUCCAUUGCCAUGUUCUUGGUGGCCUAUUUCAUCAUCACAAUGACUGUGCUUUCUGUCUGUGCCAUCUCCACCAAUGGGGCUUUAGAUGCUGGAGGUGCUUAUUACAUGAUCAGCCGAGCUCUGGGUCCAGAGUUUGGAGGCAGUAUUGGGAUCAUGUUUUUCUUUGCCAAUGUCUGCGGCAGUGCUCUCUACGUUUUGGGCCUGGUCGAGGCCAUCCUGUCUGCCUUUGGCAUUCCAGAAGGUGCUGCAGCUGCUGUGGGUCUCCAUCGAGUGUUGCCUACAGGAUACUGGUGGUCUCUACUUUAUGGCUCUGUCCUGCUCUUCUUGUGUUUCCUUGUCUGCUUGGUGGGAGCCCACAUCUAUGCCAAAGCCACCUUUAUUGUCUUCAUCAUAGUCACAACAGUCCUGAUUUCGAUCUUCAUCAGUUUCUUCAUUGUGGGACCCAUCGUGGUGAUUCUACCAGAUAGUUCUGUGUUUAACAGUUCAGGCCUGAGCACAGCCAACUAUUCUGGCUUUCAACUCCACACCCUGGAACGCAACUUACUGUCUAAUUACACAGUAGACUACACAACUGGUGCCAUUAUGAGUUUUACCACAGUGUUUGCUGUCAUGUUCAACGGCUGCACUGGAAUCAUGGCAGGCUCUAAUAUGUCAGGUGAUUUGAAAAAUCCCAGCUAUUCCAUCCCAAGAGGAACCCUUGCAGCUGUUCUUACAACUUUCAUCACAUACAAUCUGCUUAGUGUUAUGGCUGCCUGGACCUGUGAUCGCCACCUUCUCCAAAGAGAUUACAGUUUCCUGGGAGACAUCAAUAUAUGGCCACCCCUGGUGACAGUCGGCGUUUACUCCUCCACCAUCUCUGCUGCCAUGAGUAACCUCAUAGGAGCCUCCAGGAUCCUAUAUGCCCUUUCCAAAGACAACCUUUUUGGUGGUGUCCUGGCUCUGGCAAAGAAAACAUCUCGGAGUGGGAACCCCUGGGCAUCAGUGCUUGUCUCCUGGUUGCUUGUGCAGGUGGUGCUGUUUGCUGGUAAAUUGAACACCAUUGCUGGUAUUGUGACUAUAUUCUUCUUGUUAGUCUAUGCUGCUGUGAACCUGGCCUGUUUAGCUCUCGAAUGGGCAUCUGCACCAAACUUCAGACCCUCAUUUCGUUGUUUCACUUGGCAUACCUGCACCCUGGGCAUUAUUGGCUGCCUGGUCAUGAUGUUCCUGAUCAAUGCCAUUUAUGCAUUUGCCAGCAUAGCCUUCAUGCUGCUGCUCUUAAUGCUUAUCCAAUACCUCGGUCCCAUCAGCAACUGGGGAUACAUCAGCCAGGCUCUCAUCUUCCACCAGGUGCGCAAAUACCUGUUGAUGUUGGAUGUGCGUAAGGAUCAUGUGAAGUUCUGGCGGCCCCAGGUGCUCUUGAUGGUGGCAAACCCUCGUAGCUGUACAGGUCUCAUAACUUUCAUUAACGACCUUAAGAAGAGCGGCCUCUAUGUCCUGGGACAUGUAAAGCUGGGUUUACUGGAUGGGUUGCCCUCUGAUCCUCUGCAGAACAGUUACGACUCCUGGUUGUCCCUAGUGGACCACCUAAAUGUCAAGGCAUUUGUGAACCUUACCCUGGCUGACUCUGUGCGACAUGGAGUUCAGAACCUACUUUUCAUCACAGGCUUUGGGGCGAUGCGGCCGAACACUCUAGUUUUGGGUUUCUAUGAUGACUGCGUCCCUCAAGACCACCUCCAAGGUAAACUUCUCCUUUCUACAGGCUAUGGCUUGGAUAUACCAAAUCCAUCAACAGACCCCCGAGAGCGGCGAUCUCCCUGCUUCCCCAAUGUGCGAGGUAUUGAGGACCCCAAAGACCAUCAGGAGGAGGAAUAUGUGUCAGUGAUUGCUGAUGCUGUAAAAAUGGGAAAGAAUGUGAUAUUGGCUCGUUACUUCAACCAGUUCAACCGAGAGGAGGUCUUGGGAUCGGGAAGAAAGAUUGGAGGCCACCGGAGCAUGACGGGGCCUUUUGUUGACAUCUGGCCUCUGAAUCUACUUCUGCCAGACAGCCGUGGUUAUGUGGACAUCUGCUCACUGUUCCUGUUGCAGCUGUGCACCGUGCUCCACGAGACCCGUGCCUGGAGCCAGGCAAGACUCCGCCUUUUCCUGUGUGUGGAGGCUGGUUGCAGUCUGAAGGAAGAGGAGGAGAGGAAGCUCCAAGUGAUGCUAAAGGAGCUCAGGAUCUCAGCUCAGGUGCAAAUAGUGGAAUGGGACCAGGUGGUUGCUCUGCACUGGCAGAGACAAGGAGAAGAGAGGAGGGAGAGAGGAAAUCUGGUAGAGUCCGCACAGAAUGAAGAGAGGAGGGAGAGACGAGAAGUCGAGAAGGAAAAUGGUAUUCAGCAGUUUCCUAAUAAUGCAGCUCAGCUCACCGAUGAAUAUAUCUGUGCUGUCAACAGUCUCAUUCGCAGACAUGGUGCCCCUCAGCCUGCUGUGAGUUUCCUGUAUUUGCCCCGCCCACCAGCGGACACAAGCCGUUACCGUGCAUACCUUCACCACAUGGACCUGUUAAGUCAAGACCUGGGCCCAACAUUGCUUAUUCAUGGGGUUACUCCUGUGGUCACCACUGACCUCUAAGAUUUUACUAUCAACUCUUAAUCCAUCAACCAGGAUGAUCUGGUACAGUUAAUCUGUGGGGCUCUGCCUGUUGUAACCGGAUUAUUAUGACAGUUAAUUAUGAUUAUUAAGCUGUCAAUACACAGUAUCAGACCAAACCAGUUUUAUAUUUAAGACACACCCAGAUUUUGAAUUUACAGUUCAUAUUUCCCUUAUAUUCUUAAGACAUUUUGGAAAAUUGAUUUGAUGACCUAGAUACUCAAAAUGAGUUUUUGUUUUAGGUUGUUUAGUCAUCACCAUGGACAUAGUAACAUUUUGUGGGGUGAAAGAAGAAACAUCAGGAGGAAGGAUUUUAGGCCGGUAAUCAUUAUUUUCUUGUCAUACACGCAACACUUUGGGAUUGUGCCAGAAGAUUGUAAACUUUUUGUACAUGUUAAUAGAAAAAUAAAUAAAUUGUUGUGUUAA